CCAAGCCUUCAUUCCUCUACCUCUUCUCAGUUCCCCCUUGUCCAGUGGAUCCCGUUCUUCUCUCCAAACAAUGAACAAACCCAAAAACUAAACGAAGAAAAACAUGGCGACUGCUACGUCCUCCUUCUCUCCUAUCGCUCAGUUCCAUUCUUCUUCUUCUUUUUCCCUCAAACGGACACAGUUUCUCAGAUAUGGCAAGAAACAACAACAGCUUCACCGCAAAGUCUUCACUACCCCAAAUUACCAAUCCACACCUUCCCGCUGCUCAGCCGUUUCAAGAGACGACUCCGCCACAACGCCCGAACUCGAAGAAGACGCGGUUGAGAAACGGAGAAGAGAGGAGGAGAAAUUCGCUGUUCUGAACACUGGAAUCUACGAGUGCAGAUCGUGUGGGUACAAGUACGACGAGUCCGCGGGUGACCCAUCGUACCCGAUCCCUCCUGGGUUUCAGUUUGAUAAGUUGCCUGAAGACUGGAGAUGUCCAACUUGUGGAGCAGCUCAGAGUUUCUUCGAGAGUAAAAUGGUUGAGAUCGCUGGUUUUGCUCAGAAUCAACAAUAUGGACUUGGUGGUAAUCAACUUACCUCUGGUCAGAAGACAGCUCUCAUCUUCGGGAGUCUCUUCCUCUUCUUCUUGCUUUUCUUGAGUGGCUAUUUCAUCCAAUAACUGCUCAUGUUUAUUAUUAUUAUUAUUAUGUUAAUCAUGUUAUUAUCUUAUCAUACACCAUUUGUCUCCUUUAUAAACGGAAGCUACAUUAUACAUUUGGAUUCA